CUUCCCAGCCAACUUCACCGUGAGCCGUGUAUCCAAUGCGAGGAUUACUGUUGUUAGCAAAAUCCGGACGGAACAGUGUGGCUUUCGGCAGGGAAGAUGAACAGGAGCACGAGUUCGUUGUGGCUGGCGUGCUUGUUGAACGCGGUGUGGAUCACCGCUCGGGGGGCGGAGGACCCCUUACACGCACUUCCGUCCCCGGACAUCGCGGUGACCCAGGCUGGGGUCCCGGUUACCCUGGAGCCCACCAUGUCCUGCCCCAAGGACUGUCGCUGUAACCUGGACUGCACUGUGGAUUGCGGAGGUGUGAACCUGAAAGAAUUCCCCAGCAAUGUAUCGGAGGGAACCCUGCAUCUCUCCCUACAGAACAAUGCCUUGGAGACCAUCCCGAUUGACGGGCUGUCAAAGCUCCAUAACUUGGAGACUCUGAAUCUGCAGAAUAACAGGCUGACAUCAAGUGGGCUUCCAGAUGAUGCGUUCAACUCGCUCGACAAUUUGCAAUACCUGUACCUGGCUAACAACAAGCUCACCGUUGCCCCAAAGUUUCUGCCCAAAUCCCUGGUUAGUGCUGAUGUAGCGGCCAAUUACCUGACAAGGAUUUACCCCCUGACCUUCGGGCAGAAGCCAAAGCUCAGAUCGAUCUAUCUCCAUAACAACAAGCUGACAGAUGCCGGGCUGCCUGAGCACAUGUUUAAUGGUUCGGACGGAGUUGGGGUCCUCAUCAUGUCCAGUAAUUUCGUCAAGUACGUUCCCAAGAACCUGCCGGCAGAACUCGUCAGACUGCACCUGAAAAACAAUAGACUGGAGAAGAUUCCUCGGGGAGCUUUUGAUCAUCUCUUCCAACUCCGAGAACUGCAUCUGCAGAACAAUCACAUCACCAAUGAUGGGAUGGACAAUGAGACCUUCUGCAAGCUGUCCAGCCUGGAGUACCUGGACCUGGCCAGUAACCGGCUGAGCCGUGUGCCCGAGGGGCUGCCCCGGGGGCUGGUGCUGCUGCACCUGGAGCGGAACGCCAUCGGGGCGGUGGCGGUGGGCACGCUGCAGCCCGUGCGGGGGCUUGAGUACCUGCUGCUGCACCACAACAAGCUGCGGGCGGCCGACAUCCACCGCGAGGCCUUCCGCGGCCUGAAGCGACUGCACACCUGCCACCUGCACAGCAACCUGCUGGAGUGGGUGCCGGCCGGGCUCCCUCGCCGGGUCCGGAGCCUCAUGCUGCUGCACAACCGCAUUACCACCAUCUCGCGCAACGACUUCGCCCUCACCUACCUGCUCAGCGAGCUGAACCUCAGCUACAACCGGCUGAGCGUGGCCGGCCUGCACCCCGAGGCCUUCCGCAAGCUCCGCCGCCUGGACUCCCUGGAUCUGUCGGGCAAUGCCCUGCUCUCGGCCCCCCGGGGCCUCCCCCGCAACCUGCGCCUGCUCCGCCUCCGCGAGAACGGCAUGGUCUCCGUGCCCCGCGUCGCCCUGGCCGGCAUGAGCCACCUCCGGGAGCUGGACCUGAGCGGCAACCGCCUGGGGCCGACAGCCAUUCACCCCGCAGCCUGGCAGGAGCUGCCCGCCCUGAAGCUUCUGCACCUUUCCGGCAAUCAGCUCUCCUCCAUCCCUCCCGACCUGCCCGAAUCCCUCGAGUACAUUUACCUCCAGAACAACCAAAUUUCCCUCAUCCCAGAUGACGCCUUCCAAUCCACCCCGAACAUCAAGGGCAUCUUCCUGAGAGGCAACAGGCUGGUGACGACGGCGAUAAAGGAGAUAGCUUUCGAAAACCUGAAAUACUUACAGGUGCUGGACAUGAGGUCGUACUCCGACUCACAGGACGAGGACAAGACGGAAAGCGGGUCAGAGACAGACCGAAACACUGCCCUCCCCCCUCCCGCCGGAGAAGGUGCCUGAGACUGGGUGCCCGGGCAGCAGACUGCGCAUUGUGGCUGUCGAUGGGGAUGGCAGGAGGCAGGAGCUGUAAGAUGGUUUUAGGGGACAGACAGUGCUAUAUUUUAUAAAUAUUUCCUACGAUCAUCUUAAUGUACAUAUUGUAUUUAAUGCCCGAGUUGCACAUGCUACAGGGGGAUACCGCUCGCCCCCCCAUGGGCUCUGUUUGUCUCGCUCUCGUCUUUAGGGUUCAGGAGGCUUGUGGGUUCAAGCCCCUUUUCCCCCCCUCCACACCCCACGUCAAGGACUUUGGGUCUAGACUGUUGGUCUAGAUUGACGCACCCAGCUCCCUGCCUGUGCAGGCGUACGUUAAAGAUUCCACGGUGUGGGACCUUGCUGGCCAAAAUGGCCG